AAAAAUUUGCUACAUGGUUAGGAUGAUGAUGAAAGUAGCGUUUGCAAUGACGUGUCUUCUGGUUGCUGUCACAAUCGCCGAUGCAGUGUACCGUCCUUGGCCGUCGGAGUGCGUAGAAGUGGCGAACGUGAUGGUGGAGCAGUGCAAAAUGUUCUUCGUCCAUCAGGAGUCUCCGCCCACUGCUGAGUGUUGCCGCUGGUUCAGUAGCCGGCGUAAGUAUGCGAAGGAGAGGCGGAGGCUUUGCCGAUGUUUGGAGUUUCUGACAACAGCCUUCAAAAACCUCAAGCCAGAUGUUUUGGCUCUUUCCGACCAGUGCCAUUUCAGUUCUGGCUUCCCCAUGUCUAGAGACCACACAUGCGCUUAGUAUUGCAGACUUAAAGCCGACAAGAACUACGAAGAACAUCUUUCUUUUGUAUCUUAAAGCUGUUGCGAUUUGUUAUUUUCAUUUAUUUUAUUUUUGGCGGUAAAAGACUUCAUAUAUUUUAAAUUUAUUUUGUAUCUUAAAUUUAUUUUGUAUCUUAAGGCUGUUGCGAUUUGUUAUUUUCAUUUAUUUUAUUUUUGGCGGU